AUUUUGUAGAUAUUUAGUUAUUGUAUAAUCUUCUUCUUCUUMUUAUUAUUAUUAUUAUUAUUAUGUGUUUUUUUAAAUUUCGUGAAAAUGUUCUGUUAUAGAAUAUACUGGUCGCGUGUUUUUUCGCGUUAAAGCGGACGGAAUCACGGUUCCCGCCCUUUCCUUUAGAUUACCUAGCCGACCUUUGAACAAAACACCCACCCGUGAAUUACUUACAUGGAAAAGCCACUUGAUUGGUACGCUGAAGCAAAGUCUGUGAUCGAUAGCGAGAUAUCCCUGUUGAAUCAUAUUAGUAUAUCAACCUUGACAGUUUCUGACGGUGUAUACUUGAAUAUUGAAACACUUGAAAAUCAACAGUUUUGUGUACUUUUGAAUAAACACGGAUUUCGUGUUGUCGCCGAAGCUUUUGAUCAAGACKUCAACUACUCGCAAUUUAGUUACGAAACUCACUUUGCACUAUUGUCUAAUAUCAGCAAAGGCUAUUGUCGACGAUUCAAUGAGUUAAUAGCAGUCAAAUUGAAUGAAAUCGCAGGGUCAUGUAAAGAUACAGAUAAUUAAAUAGUGAAAUCUUAAUCA